GCCAUAGAUAUUUUAAUGGAGUUUACGACCUCAGCCAUCUAUGGCGCAAUCGCCAUAAUCCUCCUCUGUCGUUACCUUCAACGCCGCUCCAAAUCCAUCGCCGCCGCCAAAUCCCCGCCGGAGGCCGGCGGCGCGUGGCCGAUUUUAGGGCAUCUCCACGUGAUGAGUGACGGGCCUUACCCAAAACUCCCCCACUUCACCCUCGGCGCGCUAGCCGAAAAAUACGGGCCGGCUUUCACCAUCCGGCUCGGCGCGCGGCGCGCCCUGGUCGUCAGCGACUGGGAAGUCGCCAAAGAGCUCUACACGAAGCAUGACGUGGCAAUCUCGUCGCGCCCGAUGGUCCGUGCCAACAAGCACUUUGGCUACGACUUCGUCCAAUUCGGGGUCACUCCGUACGGCCCCUACUGGCGGGAAAUCCGCAAGCUCACCAAAGUCGAGCUGCUCUCGAGCCGCCGAAUCGAGCUCAUGAGUCACGUGCGCUCGUCGGAAUUCGGACACACCAUGAAGGAGCUCUACAGGGCAUGGCAGGACAGCAAGGAUCCGUCAGGACACCUCCUCGUCGAUAUGAAGCAGUACAUCGGAGAAUUGAAUUUGAACAUUAUCCUCAGCGUGCUCGUCGGGAAGAGAUUCUACGGCGACACGCCGGAGGCCAACCACUGCCGCCGCCUCAUGAGGGAGGUCUUCUAUUACUCGGGCCUCUUCGUCCUCGCCGACGUCCUGCCUUACCUCGGCUGGCUCGACUUUAGCGGGCUCGAAAAGAAGAUGAAAAAUUGCGGCAAAGAAAUCGAGGCACUCGUCGGAGAAUGGGUCGACGAUCAUCGCCGUGAUCCCGUCAAUUAUUCGAGCAAGGAUUUCAAGCCGCGGGAUUUCACCGACGUCAUGCUUUCCCUCGUCGAUAAGACCGACUUCAAGGCUGAUUACAAUGUCGACACUAUUAUUAAGUCGACAAUUAUGGCUUUGAUGGCCGGUGGGACGGACACUACAUCGGUGAUGUUAGUAUGGUCAUUGUCUCUGCUAUUGAACAACCGCGAUGUCCUAAAAAAGGCGCAAGAGGAAUUGGACAACAAGGUCGGGAGAGAAAGGGUAGUUGUCGAAUCGGACAUCAACAACUUAGAGUAUAUCCAAGCAAUAGCCAAGGAGACAUUUCGAUUAUACCCGGCCGGCGCCUUAGCCGGGCCGCGAGAAUUUAGGGAGGAUUGCAUGGUGGGAGGGUACCACAUUCCGAAUGGCACGUGGCUCAUCGUCAAUCUAUGGAAGAUACAAAGGGAUCCGACAGUGUGGAGCGAUCCAAUGGAGUUCAAACCGGAGAGAUUCCUAACAGAGCAUAAGGACAUUAGCGUUAAGGGAACACAUUUCGAGCUGAUCCCGUUCGGCGCCGGGCGCAGAAUCUGCCCCGGCGCCGAUUUUGGGAUCCAAUUACUGCAUUUUGGGCUGGCGAGGUUCUUACAGGCAUUCGAUUUCUCGACGCCGUCGGAUGAAUUGGUUGACAUGACGGAGAGUGCGGGAUUGACCAACGCUAAGGCUACGCCGCUGAAUGUUGUUAUAAAGCCAAGGCUCCCUCCGCAUCUCUAUUGAUCGAUCGAAUAUGAAGUUUGUGGUAUUUUGAAAUGCUUUCAAGGUGUAUUUUGAGAUUUGUAAUAAAUGGAA